AUGGAUGAUACACGGCGGAAGAUGUAUCAAGAUCAGUUUGAAGAAGACAAGUUGCGCUAUGAGCGUGAGUCCAUUGCCUAUGAGGCUCAAAAGAAGGCUGCAUUGGAAGCAGCCUCGAAUGACACCUUGCCAACUGCUGCUGAUUUACAGACGCCUGCGGCCGGUGUGACUUCGGCAGAACAGCCAAGACCCACUGGCUCGUCACCUGCACCGCCCGGUCACGCAGAUUCAGCCAUGGAUGAGGAUGAAAAUAUGACUGAUAUUGAGGAUGCCGAGGAAGACGAGGAAGAGGAAGGCACCGAUCAGGACAGUGGCGACAAUAUGGACGAAGAUGAGUCGGGCGAUGAUGCAGCGACGGAGGAUGCAAAGGAGAAUGACGGAACAAGCGUUGCCUUACCGAAACAACCCUCUGCGCCGACUGCCUGGCAUUUGAGUAUGUUUGAGAUUGGCAAGCCUCUAGGGAAGGGCAAAUUUGGGAGAGUCUACUUGGCACAGGAGAAACGAUCAGGCUUCGUGUGUGCGCUCAAGGUCUUGCACAAGGCAGAGCUGAUGCAAUCCAAGAUUGAGAAGCAGGUGCGGCGUGAGGUGGAGAUCCAGAGUAACCUGCGGCAUCCCAACAUCUUGCGUCUGUAUGGACACUUUUACGACAGAGAUCGCAUCUUCCUGAUCAUCGAAUUCGCUGGCCAGGGCGAGCUGUACAAGCAUCUUCGCAAGCGUGGCCGAUUCAGCGAAGCCCGUGCAGCUGACUACGUCGCACAGAUGGCCUCAGGACUGUCUUAUCUACACAAGAAGCAUGUCAUCCACCGCGACAUCAAGCCAGAGAAUAUCCUGCUCGACUUGAAUGGUCUCUUGAAGAUCAGCGAUUUUGGCUGGUCUGUUCAUGCUCCCAACACAAGGCGGGCCACGCUCUGUGGUACGCUCGAUUACCUACCACCGGAGAUGGUCGAGGGCAAGGAUCACAACAAGAAUGUCGACUUGUGGUCACUUGGGGUCUUGUGUUAUGAGUUUAUUGUUGGGACGCCGCCAUUUGAAGACAUGUCUGGCCACGCAGCCACAUACAAGCGUAUCGCCAAAGUCGAUUUGCGCAUUCCCGAUCAUGUCAGUGCAGAAGCCAAGGAUCUCAUUACGCGUCUGCUGCAGUACAACCCUGAGCGUCGCUUGGCCCUGGAUCAGAUCCAGCUGCAUCCGUGGAUUCGAAAACACGCAGAUUCAUUUGUGAAGCGGACGAGUAGCUAG